AUGACCUUGGACGCGUUUGACUUCAUCGUGGUGGGCGCAGGCCCAUCCGGCGCGACACUUGCCUCUACCCUCGCCAAGGCCGCCAGUCGCCCAACAGUCCUUCUACUCGAGGCUGGGAGUUCCGAUGGCAGCGACGAACUCGGCCGAGUGGCUGGCGAGCGAUCAUUCUAUUUCCUGAGCGAGCACGCCCGGUCUUCGGUCAUCAACUAUGAGACCGUGCCACAAGAGAAUCUGAACGCACAAGUGAUCCCAUACACACGUGGUCGCGGACUGGGAGGAUCCUCUGCGGUCAACUUCUCCAUGUGGACGAUUCCGCCAAAGGAGUGGCAUGACGAAAUCGCGGCACGGACUGGGAAUCGGCAGUGGAGCUGGGCCAACGCCCAGAAGAGGUACAUGCGUGUGGAGUCGACUAGACUUGCGGACAUACCAUCUGAAUAUGGUCAAUACCUGCAGCCCAAGCCCGAAGACCUGGGCAAGGUCGCUGGAGGUAUCAAAGUUGGCUUUCCUCAUAAAUUUGAAGACAGUCUUCUCCCUGAACUCGAUGCAUGGCGAGAAGUCGAUGGACUGCGGGUCAAUCCGGACUCUAACGAUGGUGACACUAUUGGUCUGUCGGUCUGCUGGAAUAGCAUUCACGAUGGCCGACGGUCGACGGCCGCUGACAUGCUUUCGGAUACAUCCGAGCUUCCAAACCUCACUAUCCUCAAAGACACGCAUGUGACCAGAGUCUUCUUCGAAGAAUUGGUUGCAGUUGGUGUUGUAACUGCUGGUGGAACCAUACAUCGAGCCUCGAAAGAAGUGAUCUUGUGCUGCGGAACUCUAGAUACGCCGAAGCUCCUUAUGCAUUCCGGAAUCGGCCCAGCUGGUCAGCUCUCGAAGUUUGGCAUACCUCCAGUACGCGAGAAUAAUCACAUCGGGCAGCAUCUCCACGAUCACUGCAAUGCCCCUUGGGUACUCGCCAGGUCACCAGCGAGUCUGCGAUCAAUACGCACGGACUUCUACCGCUCGAAGGCCGCCCAAGCCGAAGCAUUGAGCCAGUGGAAGAAAGACCGAACAGGGCCACUCGCGGAGAUCAGCGGUGUCAUCGGACUGGUCCUGCAACGACUCGAUGCUAUCGAUGAAUCCGAGGAAGCCAAACAGUUAGCCCAGACAUCGGAUGGUGAGUAUCUGCGGCAGCCUGGGAUACCUCCAUUCGAGAUCAUCCUCAAUGGACCGAACUUUGGACACUACCACGUGCCGGACAAGCUGCCACCUUCACAGGCGUAUACGAUCGUGCUGGUUGCCACACAGUCGCGAGGCGAAGUAACGCUUCAGUCGAGCGAUCCUAGCAUACCAUUGCUCUUCAACCCUAAGAUCUUCUCGCAUCCAUAUGAUCGGAGAGUUGCCAUAGAGGCCUCCAAGUACUUGAUGGACGUGUUAGAGCGACCGACAUAUAGCAAAGAUACGACUGGUCGAAUCAGGUGGCCGGCUGGACGUUCUGACGAGGAGCUACUGGAAUACUGGCGUCAGAACACGAAGAGCACAUGGCAUAUGUGUGGGACAGUCCGCAUGGGCCAGAACGGAGAAGAUAGCUGUGUGGACAACAAAUUUAGGGUGUGGGAAGUGCAACGACUCAGAGUGGCUGAUUUAAGUGUGCUACCGGUGAUUCCGCCAGCCCAUCCACAGACUGUUGCGUACUUGGCGGGAUUAAUGAUGGCAGAUCAGCUAGUACAUGAGUACGACCUAGACUAA